AGGCAACUGCAUGUGUUCCAGACUCUGCACUUCCCACCAAUCAGAAACUCAAGUGAAAGGUUUCAUCUUUACACAAAGGUUAGAGUUUAAAGCAGUCCUAAGCGAUAAAUCAACUCCGAGAGAUAAGGUAACAAAGGAUGGCUUUUGAGCCAAUUUAAGAAGUUUUAAUUCAUCUGCAAACUACGUACAUGAAAAUUUGAAGAUGGAAUUCGUAAAGUAUGAAACCGCCUCCCGUAAGUCGUCCAAGAAGAAACGACGGAAACUAUGUUUGAUCAUAAUUUUCGUCGUGCUGGGAAUUCUCUGCUUGUGUUGCUUUUUCGCAGGAAUCGCGCUUAUUGCAGAGGCGAGAAGAAACCGUAACACUGAUGAGAGUGAACCGUCCAAGCAAAGCGACUGCGAUUAUUCGCAGGAGGCAAAGCGAGCUGGUCUCGAUGAUUUAUUUCAGAAAGCACAAAAUAAGUACUUUGAAUUAUACCCCAACAAGAUUACAGGAAAGCCUAACGUUUCGCCGGAGGAAGUCAAGAAGAGGUACCGCUCGUACGAUCCAACUCCUGCCAGCAUAAAACUAAUUGCCGAUGAAGCAGCAAAGAUUGCAGACGAAAUCGAGAAGAUGCCGAUUAGUAUGGAUAAGCUCACUCUGAGAGAGAAACGAGGCGUGGCGCAAUUAUUGCAUUGGGCAAAACAUGCAUUCCCUUUCAUGGUACCGUACGGAUAUGACUAUUACGUUGGAGAUUGGAUGAUGGGACCAGAUAUAUUCUGCUGGUUCCCUAUCUGCAUGGUUCCUUCCGAGGUUGGGGCUGCUUUUAAACAUUUCAAACCCUCCACUGUAAGCGAUGUGGAGUUACUAAGAGACAGAUUCAAGGAACUGGAGAAUACUUUCAAUCAAUUUGUGGAAAACAUGAGGUUAGGAGUGGAUGCUGGAAUGGUUCGCACGAUCGAGGAAUGCAAGGCUGGGUUGGAUGGCUUGAAAGGCAGCUACAAAGAUGUGGCUUUGAAAGGGCCCUCAGGAAUUUACGAAGCGUCGUUCAUAAAGCCGGUCCUUGCCGCAGAUUUUAUCAAGAACAUGACAAAUGAUGAAAAGCAAAAGUGGAAAGAUAAACAUGGCAAAUCAGUGGGUGAUUCACUUCGUGAAUACGCUCUGGAGUAUGUUGGAAAGCCCAUAGAUAACAUGUUAAAAUUUAUAGAAACAUAUCAAAUACCACACUGUGCACCAGACAGUGUUUCUUAUGGCCUUGGAAGUUUACCACUUCUUAACGUUUAUGAAAACGGAGUUCGUACGAGUAAAGAGACCACGCAGAAGCUGCCAAGUGGAGAGAAGCUCAAUGGAAGAAACUCCUACAUCAAGUUACUGGCUCAUUUUACCACCAACUCACAAACUCCGGAUGAAAUUUAUACACUUGGGGAAAAGAUGCGAGAUGAACUUUACAAUGAGCUUUUAGAGGUAGCCAAGAAAAUCACUAAAACUACUGACGAAGAACAAGCAAAGAUUACAUUUAAACGGCUAAUUGAUGAGUCCAGUCAGUAUUACAACGAUGGUGACAUCCCAGCAAACGAGUCUGAUGCAAAUGCACACAAAGUAUGCAGCAGUGUUCAAGAUGCAAAGAAAUACUGCCCCAAACGUUUUGCUGCCAUGAACAAAUGGUUUUCCCAUGCUAAAGAAAUUAUGGCAACUUUAGAUUAUGAGACAGCAGACCUGUUUUAUUUUACCGGCCCUUACCAUUCCACUCCAAACUGUCCCAUCAAACUUGACAUCGAUUUCAAUCCAUCCAGUGGUGUACCAUUUUACCAAAGCUCUGACAAAAAUUGCUCCAGGACUGCCAGUUACAACAUUCCGUUCUUCCUUGGGAGGCCUGGGCCCAGAUAUGAAGCAGUCACGCUGGCAGCACACGAAGCGAGGCCUGGGCACCAUACCCAAGUGCAAGGUUAUAUCGAACAGUUUUCGGACUCGUGCAAAGGACCUAUUGGCUGGAUUGCUGACAAUACCCUGUAUCUCACCUUCUCAGAGGGCUGGGCACUUUACACAGAGAAUCCACUGAUUCCCCAACAUACUACAGCGUAUGAUAGUGAUCCAAUAAGCAAGUAUGGCAUGUUAAAAUGGCAGAUCUGGCGAGCAUUACGCCUGAUGAUGGACACGGGGCUUCACGCGAAGGGACGGAAUCGAGCCUGGGCGCUGAAAUUGUUUGCAGACUACGCCUGGGACACCAGUGAUAUAGCCGUGAAGGAAGUAACACGCUACCAAAGCAUUCCGGGACAAGCCGUCACAUACAUGAUAGGACAACUCGCGAUCAUGAAAUUCCGAGACAAAGCUAACAGUACGCUGAAUGAGAAGUUCAACAUUAAGGACUUUCACUACCAGGUUCUCCGUCAAGGUCCUUCUCCACUCACCUACCUUGAAGAGGUGAUAAAUAAGUACAUCUCUUGUGUACAAGACGAGGAACAAAAGGGCUGCGAUGAAGUCAUGAAGCCGCCAGCAUCUAAAUUUUACGGCUCUCAAAGAAGAUCUGUGUUUGCGGACAUGCAGCUUUCCCCCUGGGUUAUGUGACAUUUAUUUCAAUAGCACAAACAGUGAGCUAUCUUAUUUACGUUUUUUAACUAGUCAUCGUUAUCCAAGCCGGCAAAUUCAACAAAUAUUUACUGCUCUAUGUUCGUUACUGUACAUAGAAAAUUUACUCUUUAGUUAUCAUUUAAAUUGUAUGCGGAAUGUCAUAGGGCUGACUCUGGGGAGUUCCUUAGUUUUUGUUUUAUGGGCAGGUUUUCAUUUCCCUCACCUUGAAUAAAAUUCAUGUGAAAAAAACGUCUUGCUCCAGCAAGAUGAUAGCUUUUGGACUUAAAUGACUCUAUCGUUUGCUUUUUAUUGCCCCUGAGAAGUUCAACUUUAGAGCCCUUUCAGCUUCCGAAACAACGUUUAAGCGAAAACAAACAGUAAACAAAUUUGGGAUCAGUUUGAAGUGAAAACAAUUAGUAAUGUAAUGCAUAUGAAAGCGAUCUUCGUGGUAAUGUACUGCAUUGUCCGUGUAGACCUCCUCGUAGUAACUAUUGUUAGAGGACUUUCUCAAACUCUGCCAAAAGGUUGUUUAUCAUAUAGGACAGGACCGCUAUGAACAAAAUCUUUAUUUACGCACGUCCGUGCGUAAAUAAGAUGACGUGAGUAUUUUUUGUUUAUUGUUGCUCUGUUCUAAAAGAAUUUGCUCGUGCUUUUAGCUGUGCGUAUAUCGAGUUAUGGAUGCACUUGGGAAGUUUGGAGAGCACUCAAAAAGCUAGAGUUGCUCUCGGCUCGAACUACUCUUACGCAUUUUUCGUACUCUCCGAACUUCCCGCGUGCAUCCAUGACUCAAUAUACGCACGCUAAGCAUGAACAAAUUCUUAAUUUGCAUAUACGCAACAUCCUCUAUGACAUCUUUAUAAUUAUCAUCUUAUGUACUUCCCUUGGAAACGAAGAUAUACAACGUCUCCUCAUUUUGCACUGGAAAUUAAUUAACAUACAAUUAUAGUAUAGGAAUAAAAUUAGCAAUGUAAAAUAAUUAAAAAAAGACUUCUUUCUCGCUUGUGAUUGAAUGAUUUUAUAACAGCCGCCGACGAGCUCACUUGUUACAAUUGUAAUUUAAAUUAUGCACAAGAUAGACGCAAAACGUAGUAAUAAACUUGAUUUAGCUAUGCUCACGGCGUCUGUGGGGUCAUAAUCAGAGCUGAAUUUAGAAAACUUUGAAAGAAUG